GUGUUUUCCACACUCAUUGACUGAGACUUUAUAAAGUUUUCAACAGCAUGCGAAGUGAAAAAAAGAUAGAUUUUUUCUGGGAAAUCCGCGCAGAUGGAAAAGGGUAGUCUGUAGUCUAAGUUUCCUCUUCAUCAGGGAGUUUCAGGCGUUCUGGCAUUGUCCGAAAUGGAAGUAGAAAACGAAACCAACCCGUCUCAGAUUAAGAGCUUGCUCAACAUUGAUCACUUGAGCAAGAAAAGGAAAUUAGGGGCUGAGCUGUUGGGUUUGCCUGUAUCGAAGCAUCAAUGUUGGAAGCGAAGCUUAUCAUCAAAGCCUCCUACAUUUGGCGGUAUACUGGAAGUAGAGGGGUUUAGUCCAUGCACUUUCAAAGGAAAGGGAGGGGCUGUUUAUGAUAUAUCCGAAACUGGAUCGGCAAAAGAUAGCAAUAGCUUUGCCAAAGAUUCUGACUCUGCGAUGUCUGUGCAUGCUGAAGCUAAAUUUCGAACAGAGGAUGCAAAUUACUUACAAUAUGACAGGUCUUCCUCCUUCUCAUCUGAUUGGGGAUCCAGCUUCCAAGUUUCCCAUUAUUCUUCCAGUGGUACAACAGUAGCAUCAAGGGGUGUCGAAAAAGAAGUACUAUCUUCUCCAGGUGGGGAGCCUGAACCUGCUGAUGUUGAACUAGCUGAGAAUCUUGAGGAGUCCCUUGUGGAGUAUGGAAGUCAUAUAGAUUACAUCUACUCAAGAUACGGAAACUACAACAUAGAGCAAUACCAAGAUAAGGAAAUUGAAGAAAUUCUCAACUCCAAUGGGGCAAAACCAAAUGUUUAUGUUCUUUCAUCCGGAAGAUGGAGUGUCAACCUAGAGGCUCCACAAACCAGAAGGAAACCAACUAUUGAUCAAGAAUUUGAGCAGUAUUUUUCGAUGCUUAUGCUGUAGUUGUCUAAGUAACCAUUUGCAAGAGAUUUGAGGUAACGCUAGCUUUGUCUUUUCCCUUACCAUCUUCAAGCCAACUUAAGUUAGGUUGUAUACACUAUUUGAUACUAAUAAAAUGCCGUUUUAUGCAGCUAUUAUGAUUACUCUUUUCAUAAUUUCUGUGCAAUUUUUGUCUUUUUCAUGUUCAUCUU